AGUUGUUGAAACCCUUAGCCUAAGGAUACGAGCUGAGACACCAAACUCUCCUGAUCCACAGAGAAAGGACUCCGAGAGAGAGCAUCUUUGCAUCACAGACGCAGGUAAGGAGGAAACCCAAGUUUGACUUUUUUCCAUGUGAGCGUGAGCCAACCUGAGAAAAGAGAAGACACUUGUUCAUAGAUGAGGAAACUGUUAAUUAGGAAGGGACUUGUUGUCUCUUGUAUGCACAAACCAGAGAGUAAUAGAUCCUCGGAGAAUACUGCUGCAUGUGGACAACCUUUAUCGUCCUUCUACAUCAGCUCUGACAUUAGUGAUGAAUCUGUUUCUGGGUCUGUGGUUUCUGAUUCUGACCUCAGGUGAGUCUAGAGUAAUCACUUUCCCCCCAAUUACCUUGUUUGUCUACGUGCGACUCCAAAAGGGACCGUACUCACCCUCAGCAGUCCCCACAUCGCACCUGAUUACUACUUAAUUAACUCGAGAGAAAGUCCCAGACUGUGCAGAAAAGCAGCUUCCUCACUCAGCUGCACUUGAGGAGUAUCUUGACUUUGAUGUAACACAAGCAGGGCAUGCGCUGUUAAUCAGAUCUCUUAGAUGUAAGAGAAAUGAUUCGAUAAAAGCUGUAAUAAUGCAUUUUAGAGACAAGAGUUUUCUAUGAUGUGCACUGUACAAGAUCCUGAUCGUGCGGUAUUGAAUGUCUGCUCAAAAACAUCACACAGAGCUUUGUCAGAGCUGUUUUAUCCUCAGUGUUGACCUGAAACAAGAGGGAGAAACGCCGGAGAAGUGAAUCAGUUAGCGCUGUUAUUAUGCUAAGCACAUGAUAAUGAUGAUUUUGAUGAUAAUGGUAAUGAAUGUGCAUAAUCUGUUCCCAUUACCAGUAAAGAGGAUACUCGCUUAGACAGGGGAGAAAAUGGGUAGUUAAUGUGCCAUUCAUAGACGAAUUACUCCACACUGGGGGAUGUUUUAGGGAGAGUAUGAAACGUGUUUACAGGACGGUGUCGAACAGAGAAUUUACAAAUAUUUCCUCAAUGUAAGUUAAGUGUUUUUGCUGUCUGUCGGAGGCGUUUUUUAGAGCUCCCAAUAUAUCUCAUUGUUGUUCAUGAGGCCUCUAUUCAUAAAAAAAGGAGAGUCCAUAAAACUAAUCCCAUUUUUCGUCCUACUGGUCCUCCGAAUCUUGCAUCACGUUAUUGGCAAGAAUGUCGGGAUUUCAUUUUCAAUCAUUUUACAGAGAAAACAGAUUUUUUUUUCUUCGUUACAUCAUGUGCUGUCUGUGUUCAAUAAGCUCCAAACAUCCUUUAAUGACUGCUGAUCACCACACUAUUGUUAAUUCGGUUCCAGCAUUAAGAGGAUUUUUGCUCGUGGUGUUUUUUAAAUAUCCAAACUGAUAUUCCCGUAUCUGCUGCUCUCCUCCUCACAUUCAGCAUCGCUGCCCUCACCUUGAUAAAAGUGGGUAGCUUGUCUGGCUGUGCUAGAUUGCAUUCCUCUGGCUCUAUGUCCAAUGGAUUAGUGCAGGUGUCAACGCAGCUUAACAGCAACCAGAUCAACGAUGGCACCAUGUCAGCUGACGAACACUCUGCAGAUUUUCAGCUGUACGGUGACGCGCCGAUGACAUUUAACACUGCAGGACUGAGUCUGUCUUUCAGGGUGAUGAUGUCCUUUUUUUGUUUUAAGAAGUGGAGAUUCAGGAUUUGUUGAGCUUUUCAUUUCGUCUAUUUGAGAUGAACUUUUUCUGUCUCUUUCGCUUCAAGCACUUUUUCUUUAAUCUCACACAUUGUCCAACCUUUUUUAAGCGUCUCUCACAGACUCCCACACACUAUGACAGUUUAUCUGCUCAGUGUGCUCCCAUCCAAGUUGUAUACUGCACUUAUAAAAUCUAAGUUUUUGUGGCUAUUAACACAGUUUUAUGAGGACUAAAUGAGAUGAUUGUUGGGUGUGAUUUCUCCCCCUUGAAGGACGUAUCUGAUGAUUGCAGAGGAGAUGUAACCCAGUCGAGUCUACGCCCUCAGGUGCAAAUCUGCUCCAAAUUAAAAGAAACCCUACGAGUACAAAUGAUGGAAACAAUAGUAAUGAUAUGCUCAGUUGAUCUGAUAUCAUGGUGCCUCAAAAUGAACUAAGAACAAUCACAUCUCAAACUAAUAUUUGCACUAAUGUGUAUGCGAGUGUUAUAGCCUUGGCGGGAUGCGAUGGAGAUAAAAAAGACUGCGCUCUACACGCUACAGAAGAUAAGAUUUCCUAAAGGCACAUCCGGAAUAAUGAUUCUUCCAGCAGAUAUAAUAACAAUAUGACUGAGACAAUUUAAGAGAUAGAGGAGAUAAAAAGUUUCUCCACUCGGGCUGAUUGCACUUCUUUUUCAUCUCCGUAACACGCCUGAAUUUAUGCAGUCUAAUGUAAAACUUAAAGCUCUUUACUUUUGGUCUUUUUUCCUGUUAUCGUAGGACAAUCACUAAAUUAAAUACAGAAGCAGGUUAAAGGUACACUCCACCCUCCCUUAGACUAGACACUUCAGGACUCUUCCUCUGUCUGCGGCCUCUGUGCAAGAGGAUCCUCUCGGUCUUCUAAGGUCUAAAGGCUUUUGGAGGAGUUUCUGGUUAUUUGUGUUGUGGUCAAAUUUGCUGUUUUUCUCAGUGGUAUUGUGUGAUUCUUCUGCUUUUCAUGUGGGUCAGUUUGGGUUUAGUCAAGGCCAGAGAAACGACUGGUAUUUAAAAUGAUAAAAUAAUGCUUUGUUUUGCUCCUCUCAGCUUCUGCAAAUUAGGGAUUCACCAAUUCAAACAUAUCUCUCCAAAUCUAUGAAAUAAUCAUAAAUGUUUCUUACUGUCAGACUAAUUCCAGGCAGGUAGAUGUUUUGUACUUCAUGACAGACGAUGUACUGGUGUGUUUUUAUAGUUCGCCUUUUUACUAAAGUUUUGAAAACCAGUACUCUUAAUUUCCAAGAAAACACAUCUAAAGGCCUCGAGGUAUCUUCAAAUAAAAUAUGCAAACCUUUUACAGCCAAAGAAGUGGAACAAGCUGGAAAAAUCAAUCUGGAAUCACCAAAGCAGCAGCCAUCGCUGCUUGUUAAGCUCUUAAUAACUGACAGAGACUCUACGUUUUCAUUAAACCUGUCAGGUGUUCUGACACCUGGAUUUUGGCAGCUGGGCGUCCAGAUAAAUACGAGCAGAGAGUAUAAAAUAAGAUCCUCCAACAGCCGAUAAAAUUUAUUUUGUUGGGAAUAAAUUGAGAACAGAGUUGCAGAGAAGGUGGUCGUCUAUGACUGAGACAGAACCAGGUGUUUUAUUAUUGGUUUACCUGCCAGGACACUUAACAAUAAGUAAAUAUAACUCAGGUUAAAAUUGAGGCAGUUUAAGUUUCUUUCUAAUCAUUUUGUUGAGAGUUACACAGGGGUGGAGCUAGGGGGGUUGCUGAUUGGCUGCCCCAGUUGCCGCCCUGAAAUUCUAAACCAUGAUUGGUUAAAUGUCUCAUCAAAGGCGAUUUCUUUGAAUUUCAGUGUGGAACUUUUUCUGUUGGUUUCUUGGUGAUUGUUUUUAAAGGGUGACUUUGGAGAAACAUAUUUUUGUCUCCUUAAAGGUUUAUUUAAUGACACUCUAUUGAGUUAUCGGUAACACUUUCUUUUUACAGUACACUUAUUACCAGGUAAUUAACAGGUAAUUACCUAGUGACAACAUGAAAUUAUCUGGUAAUUACAUGAUAACUACCAAGUCAAUACUGUCUAACUACCAGGUAGGUAACCUUCCAUCAUCAUACAAAUUUGAAGCCGAAUUGCUCUGGUAUUUCCAGGAUUUUCUCUGUUUCCUGGAACCAGCACUUGCGCAGUAGCAUUGUACGCAUUCGGCGGGUGAGUCGCUGUGAUAAUGCUCGGCUCAAACAGCGUAUCGCUACGCAAUCUUCGCACGCCCAUAGGCUGUAUCAAGUGUCAAUCAUAGAAAAUAAGAACCCCAAAUAGCUUUUGAAAAUGGAGCUGCACAGAAAAAAGAAAAAAAGAAAAACAAGACAGUAUUGACUCUGUAGUUAUCAUGUAAUUACCAGAUAAUUUCAUGUUGUUAUAAGGUAAUUACGUGAUAUUAACCCGGUAAUAAGUGUACCGUAAAAGAAAGCGUUACUGAGUUAUCUUAUGACAUUAAAAUCUUUUAAAGUAGAAGUUAAACUCAAUGUGACUUUCCUAACCGUUUAUGUUUAUUCCAAUUGGCCACCCCUCUCUAAAGCCUCUACUUGAGUCUGGCCACCCCGAUCUAAAAAUCCUGUCUCCGCCACUGCAGAUUCAAAGAGUUAAAGCCGAUUUGCCUUUAAUGGAGCGGCUGUGGCUUCGAGGUUGGGAUGUUAGUCGUUCAGUUGCACCGUUGGUGGUUUGACCCGAGCUCCUGUAGUCGCGUACUGAAAUGGGAAUAGGCAGGACACUUAACCCCAAACUGCUCCCAUAAAUUAGUAAAGUUGUGGUAGUGUAAAAGUGCUUUCAGUGGUUUGAAAGAUUAGAAACAUACAACAUAAGAACAAGUCCAUUCAGCAUGUUAGUAUUGCUGUAAAAACUAGGGAAAGUAAAUGAUUUAUUUUAAAAACUUAAAAAAGUCCACAUAUCUAACUCUUUUGAACUACAUACUAAUUAUAAGAAAACAUAAGUCCUCAUCAUUAUUAUCUCUGUUAAGAUGCUAAUCUUAAUUUCUAACAGCUUGACUCCAUCUACUUUAAUUGAUAGAUAUCAUUCCUCCCCCGUUUGUCAACUUCAUUAUUAUGAAUGCUAUUAGACCUGUUCACUUUAGCAGCCAUAAAUAUCAGGAGCAGGCACUUUUCAUUAAUUCACUUCCUACGUAAUAGUCUGUACCUGUCUCUCUACUCCUCUCUGAGAUCCCUAUAGUGUCAGGGCAGAUGGUUAGUCAACACAAAUCUGGUUCUGGUCAAGGUUUCUGCCUGUUGACAGAAAGAUUUCUCAAGGUCACAGUAAAAUAAGAUAAAACAAAGUCUGGAAACAAAACUUAUCUUAUCGUUAAAGUCAAAAAUAGAUCGAAACACCUUUUAUUUUCAUGCCUACAACAAAAGUAAGUUUGUUUUUUGUAUUUAGAGUUUUAUUUCUAACUUUUUGAAACAUCAAUCCUUCAGCUCUCGUUUAUUAAGAAAGUGAAGACAAGCAAAUUAAUCCCAUUUACAGAAAAAUCUAUUAACUUUUUAACUGUAUUGUAAGUUCUUUAACAUCUUCUCUCCUUUACUUUUAUAUUAAACCUGAUUUAUCAACCAAUUAUCACAUUUUCAACAAGCUAUUAGAAAAUCUAAGGUGAUAAAACACCAUGAAUCUCAUCAGGUUAUAAAGAAAUAAUUAAGUGUCAUUAAUGGCCCAUGAGAUGUAGUAUGUAGAAUGAGAGUUUGAGUGAUUUCACGUCCUAUUAAGUGGCAUCCUUAUGUCAUCCAUCUUUAGUGGCUCCUAGCUCAGGCUGGGUCUUAAUGAAGCGGUGUUAAGAUCUCCAGACUUCAAGAGGAAACUAAAAACCUCUGCGAUACGUCGUCGAAGAUCUAAAAUCUUGUCUGUAAUUCACCGAUGUGGAAAUGGAGAAGAGGAAACAGUGGAAGAUAAGUGGAGGGAGACGAAAAGGAGGACGGAGCAACAAGAAGAGAAAGUGGCCGCAUAAGAGGGAGCAAGAAGAAAACAGAGAGGCAGAGACGGAGCGAGACCCUCGGGUUAUCUAUGCAUUAGCAGACGCUUUUGUAUUUUUCAGCUUCAUGCAGGCGCUAAUGGAUGAGAUAGAGUGAGUCAGAGCUUUGUCAGAGAUGGACAUGGAGCUUUUCUUCUCCUCGACUCACACUCAUGACACCUUGGCCCCUUCUCCAUCCGUCAUUAGAGCUGCUAAUGCUAAUUUAUCUCUCUGUUGGCGUACUUUGUGACUUUGUGUAAGGUGCGCACAGAAAGCUCAGACCCCUUUAUCAGCUUUGGCGAAACACAAUAGAUUUUUUUCUUGAGGCCUUCCCAUCACCUCUGUCGCUUAAUUUGUACUUUUCUUUAACUUGGCAAAAACAUCACCCACACCCCCUGAAAAAAACAUUUUGUACAACCCUCCUUUUCAUGCAGUAGUUCAACGCUCUUUGGUAUUUUCGACUCGUAAAAUAAUUUAGAAAACAUGAAUCAGAUGCAUGAGACAGGGAUCCAUUUAUAGAAGUUCUGAUGUCUUCCUGUUUGAUUGAAAGGACAGGAACAUUUGAAAGAUUUUCAGGGUCUUAGUUAACUCUAAUGGAACCACAAGCAAUAUAUUUGUUUUGGAAAGACCUGGGUAAAAGCAUUCAUUUGUGCAAGAUGGAAAAGGCUCAUUCAAAGAAAAAGGGACAUCGGGCCCCUCGCCACAAUCCAUUUUCUUUAUGCUUUCAUACCAGCAUCACUUCAAGGGGCAAGGUUGUUUAUCUGAGCGGAUGAUGAUUUAUUUUUAAAUGAAACUUCCUGUAAUAGGUUCACAGGCUCCUGCUGGAUGAAUCCUUUUGGUUCCCGGAGAGAGAAACCUUCCUGUUCUCGGUAUUUAAUCUGUGUGCAGAACAUCGUAUAUCAGCAACCUGCGCCUGGUCGAGCGCCUACUAUUAAUUAUACAAAUGAUUUCAAAAUAUUUACAGGAAAAAGAUGGUUCAAAAGAGCAGGGAGGAAUGUGUAGGGAAACACUUUACAAUUUAUCAAGUAACAGCGGAGUGGAAGAACUUCCUUUAACAGGUAGAAACCUUGAGCAGGACCAGAACCUGCAGCCCACCUGCGGUUAAUCAGACUUAAACAAACCAAACAAUUUUGACCCAGUGUUUAACCCACUUUGGUUAUUAACCUUGUUGGCUUGCAUGUACUUUUUAUCAGAUUUCUGACAGUUAAACUUGAGCCUGUUCCCUGCAUAUUGCAUAGGCUGCUCUUGCUUGCAAAGACUUUGCAAUCUUUGAAAGUGAAAUGCAUAUUUUCGUUUCUCUUCUUAAGGCAUCCUGGAAAGAUUUGUUGCAGGAAAAGACAACACAUGAAUGCAUAUGCAAGUGAAUUUGAAGCAGGCUUCUCUAGACUGGAUUUAUUAAACCCUAACCCUGAUGAAAUCAAACAAAAACAGCAUUUAUCAAUAUAUAAGCUAAAGUCCUCCAAAUCUAGGGUGACCAUAUUCCGACUUCCCAAAAAGACUACAUGACUAUGGGGGCAGAGUCGCAGAGUCACGGAGUCGCACAAAGUUAAUUUUGAGAGUUUUUCAGGUCGGAUCGAGUGUCUUUUAACUCAGAAAGUCCAUGUGACACAAACUUGAAACUUACAUACAAAACCGUGGACAUUUGAAGGAUUGAAAAACUUCCCCGGACAAAGCCGAACAGCCCCCCAAAAAGAGGACAUGUCUGGGUAAAAAAGGACGUAUGGUCACCCUAUCCAAAUCUUAAAGCAGUCAGUGCCUGUACAAGUCCCUGCUCAGUUGUGACGCCUUGACUCCAAGCUCUGGUCUUGGGUCCAACAACAUAGCUGUCAAUGCUAACGCUGUGCUGCUAACUUUCAUAACUUGAUGUAUUUGGUGACUCAUGAGGAAAUCAGAGUUUGAGAGAAGUAACUCGGUCAGCGUCAGCCGAGUGCUUUUCAUUUGUACUUCUCAAGAACCGAGCUUUGCUCGCUAUUGAGCAAAAUUCUUCUACCCUUGAUUUCAUCACAAGGAAAAGUUAUAAACCUUAACCUUCUCUGCUCUUGAGUAAACGUUGGUCAAUUAAAGGUGCACUCCGGCAAUUUAGUGCUGCGCUUCCUCUCACAAAAGAUGGAUUAAAAGGGAACCGUCAGAAUUGAAGAUAUUUGGACUCUUGCUCUGUAUUGAAGCUUCAAAAACAAUCGAUCCUACACUUAAUGCAACCAAACGUCACCUUUCAUUAAAACCUCCUCUCUCUGUCUCGGCGAUAACCACGGCAACAUCAUCAAACUUUAAAAGCUUCCCUAAAGUCACAGAGAUGUUACAGAGUCACUUUCACAGGCUGACGGAUUCACUUUGUAAUGAGUACAAAUAAUCAAAUGCUUUAAAACAACUUUUAAAAUCGACUUGUAGUGGUUACAUGUCUUUGAGAAGAGAAUGCCUCUGGAUUCAUCAAUCAAUUAAUCAAUACUUAUUUAUAUAGCAUCAAUUCACACCCUCUAUGUACAAAGACCAAGUGUGACGAUUGGAUCAGAUUGAGCUCCGUCUGAGUACACAUAAGUGAAAUCAAAUAAGUGAAACACUUUACAGCAUUUAUGAAGUUACAGAAGAAAAUAAGAACUUCCUUUAACAGGCAGAAACCUCAAACAGAACCAGACUGACGUUAGACAGUCAUCUGCUGAGACUGAGAGAGGGGAGAGAUGGACAUCUGCAGCAGCAAAUCCAUUGUAGUACACAUCAUCUCCUGUACUUGGUGCAGUUUUUACAGAGGUGUGUUUGACACUGCAGCUCAAACGGUUGUUUUCACAGCACAUUCUGGCUAAAACAAACUUUAAAUGUUGUGAAAUCACGGCUCGGGGUUCAUUAAUUGUGAGUACAGGGUCAAGCGUGCGGUGUCGCGUGAGCUCAAGAGGUGUGCAAUCAAAACAGAUAAAUGAGCAUUGUGGAAGAGCAGCCACUCGAAACCUCACUAUGUCAACAAGUUGAGCUACACGGAUCAUUGUAAUCACCGUUCUGUUCUCUCUAUACAAACACCUAGAAGCUGCAGAUCGAUGGCAUCGUAGCCCAUUAACACUUAAUAUCCUUGUCAAUUGUUCACGCCAGCAAUAAUGGCUUCUAUUCAGCAGAGAGGAGGCAGAUGGCGAUGUCUUGAUAACAUGUUUGCGGAGUCUUUAGAAGCUGCUCUCCUGCCUGUUCAUCCAAAGACACACGCAGAUCCGUGAAUCUCUGUUUGACAAAUCCAAUAAAGAGGAAGGUAGAAAUGCUGAAAGCCUGUUUUAUGAAACUCAGAUUAAAAUUCAGAAACUUUAUGAGAUUAUUUAAGUUGUGUGCAGAGCGCUGAUAAUACGCUGAACUGGAGAUGUCAGCUAAAAGCCCAAACAACAUUAUUCCAUGAUUCACUGAGUGUGUGGAGGAACCAAACCAACAUCUAUUGAUUAUAAUAAUAGAUUAUAACAUUGUGAAACAUUGUUCAUUAGUGUUAUUCAAAAGGAUAAAGCAGACAGUGAGCCUAAAAAGGCUUCAAAUAUGUGAAAGCCUCAUCUUUGUGGUGCUGGAGUGUAUCCAGGGCCACUACCAUCACUGUGCCGGUUUACUCAUUUGUUCAACCAACUAAGUAGAGACCACUCUAGGGGGAACAUGAAAACAUCCAAAUGGCUUCGUCAGCAUGCUGGCAAAUGAUCAUUACACAAAACAUCUCAGCAAGGCAAACAAACAUGUUGCUUUAAUGAUUUCCCAUAGAGCCAUUUAUGUAUUUUUAAAAGAGCCGGAGUCACACACGACCUGUUUCAUCUGCUAUUGACUAAGAGCGGUAAUGUGCUCAAGUGGAAAUGGUCACAACGUCCAUUUUUUUCUCGUUUGUUUUUUACUUCAGUGAACUCAUCAAUACAACAUCCAGUCCGUGACUUGUUCACAUUCUGUUUUUCCACUUUUGUUUACAUGGAGUCUUAAUUAUGGGACUGAGUGGCUGCAGCUUUCAGUACUCAUCGCAAUUUGAGGCGUCGUGAGCACAUUCUGUGAGCGAUUAUUAUCACUGGGAAUGUCAAAACAGGUCACAAAACAGCCUUUUUAAUUCCGUGAAUUCAAAGUAAAUUUGCAUCUAAACUCUGAUGUUUUCUUGGAAAACUGACCUGGUAAAUCCAUCCUGAACCCCCUCCACUCCACCUACCUGUGGCAUUCUAGAACCCUUUGAAGAAGCGUUCCAGUACCCUUUGAGGGAGCAUUCUAGAACCCUUUGAGGCAGCAUUUUGGAAUCCUUUGAAGGAGUGUUCUAGAACACUUUGAAGGAGCAUUCCGGAACACUUUGAGGAAGAAUUCUGGAAUCCUUUAAAGGAGCGUUCUAGUAACCUUUGAGGGAGCAUUCUAGAAUCUUCUGAAGGAGCAUUCUGGAACCCUUUAAAGAAGCAUUUUAGAACCCUUUGAGGGAGCAUUCCGGAACACUUUGAGGAGAAUUCUGGAAUCCUUUGAAGCAGCAUUUUAGAACCCUUUGAGGGAGCAUUCUAGAACCCUUUAAAGAAGCAUUCUAGAAGCCUUUGAAGGAGCAUUCUGGAACCCUUUGAAGGAGAUUUCCUGUCUGGUAUUGUCUCGAUUCGAUCAAAUCUCAUCUUGAUCUCACUGAAUUCUCAUGUGACUUUUCAAACAAGCCACUCAGCGCCCCCUGUAGUCCCAUCUGGGGACUUCUUCAACUCACAUUAACCUUGUAAUCUGAAACUUUGCUCAUGUAUAGUCCUAUCAUCCAACAUUUUCACCAUAAAAUUUGUUUUUAAAGUAUAAAAAAGGACACUACCAUCUAAUCCUAAUUGUCUGUUUUAUCAGUCAAAAAAAACCCCCUAAAAAUAUCUUAAAACUGUGUUAUUUGGCUCAAUGGGAAUAAUUUUAAAUGACCAAAAAAAGACAUUAUCUUCCUAAACUGAGUGAGUAAAUCCCUAACAAAAUAAAAGGAUGGAAGUCAAUGGUUCAUUUCAGGUGUUUUCUUGGCUUAUAGACCCGCACAGGCGAUAAAACAUGUUUCUGCAGAGGCACAGGCAAUCUGUGAUGUCCUGACUGGAUUUCUUGGUUAUCUCUCUUAUUGGAUGAUAUAUCAGUGAGUGACAAUAGAUUGGUGUCAUGGAGUGGAGGUCAAGAAACAAAUGCAGUGCACCUGAUCACAGAUUUUUGCAGCUGGUGUCGGGGACACAGAUCAUCUGGAGUUUACUCAGCCUUCAGUUAUGAUGUUUUUUUCAGCUAACACUCUCUUCAUGAUUGUAUUUACGGUAUAAAAAGAUAAAUUUCACCUCCUGAAGUCUGUCCUGGAGUUGAAACGUACAUGCUUUAUUUGGACUUAUCACUGCUCGCCUUACUAACAUCAAACAUCUGAAUGAAUCCAGCCUGAUGCACGCUGUGAACCAUUAACUUACGGACCCUGAGGCAUAGAUCAAGCCAGGGCCCAGAAUCCAGCUGAACGAGCUCUAUCAGUUAGCAGCCUACUUGUGCACUUGGAGAAAAAAUCAAUAUCCUCUCUUGUUGCUGUAGGUAUUUCUCUCUCCUCGGCUAAAUCACCCUGUACAGGCUGAACUCUGUGACUUGGUCAAGCUCAUGAUUUGAAAAUAAUACGAUGUUUCUUCACUCUGUCUUCUUUCUCAGAUCUCAAAGGCUUUACUUCUCCGAUUCUCCAACCGUUGACCCUUGUUGUAGACCUAACCCUGUGACCUGCUGGGCUCCUGUUUGUCCCCUCCUGUCUGGCUGUGCUGAGCGAUGAAGAUCCCUCUGUGGUUCCUGGUGGUGCUGCUGGCAAGUCUCUUCACCCCCGGACGCAGUGAUUGCCAGGGGGAGUGUGUGGCCUGUGGUCUGCUCUUGCAGCAGCAGCAGCAGCUGCAGCAAGCCUUCAACACCAUGGUGAGCAUGUCUGCGCGUCUGUUCCAGUCACUGUUGAUAAGAGCAACCAAUAAUGCUUAUCACUGGUGUUGUGUGUCAGUGUUGGUACAGCUGCUCCAGGCCUUCAUCGCUCUGAUAAAAGUGUGUGUGUUUGUGAUUCUCCAGGAAUGUUUUUCACUCACUGCAGCAUUUGACGGUGCUGUGUGCACUUUGGCUGCUUGUUUAUAUGCAGUUUUUAUUUGGAUUAAAUUACCUCUUAGUUUUUUUUUAUCUUGUUGAGGUUAAGGGCCAAAUUGAAAAAUAGAAAAUAGUUUUUUUUGCUGUCUUGUCCACUCAUUAUGCAAACUUAAAUAAGAUGGUUUUGUUGUCAAAAUCAGAACCAGAGGGGGGCAGACAAGUAAUUUAGCAAAACAUUUCAUCCUUUGGGCCCGAUACUAUCGCAAAGUGUCAACAUUGUUUUCUACCAAAAAGAGUCGGAACCACAAUCUGCAAAUAGCCAGACGUGCACCCAGAUUACAACGAGGGGGGUCAGGUGCAAAGGCGGUGCGUUGCUAUCUUUAGACCAUAAGUCUAGCACUUUCUCGAGAACUUAAAUCUGCAUUCCUAAGAUGGUAGGAUUGAAAACAACGUCACCAACACUACCACCAUCUCCCCCAACACUACCACCAUCUCCCCCUGGAUGACCCUUACACCUCGGCCUGAUGUGUCACCGACCUCUCUCCAGGAAACACGCAGAAAAACACACUUAUACUAUUUUUAUAGUCCUAAUCACCACCGUAUGUGGAGCCUCUAGAUAUUAAUCAAGACUGAACAGUAUCCGUUACGCACAUGUGAUCAAGCGUCUUUUAUUUGCUCUGGAAGCAAAUGAGGUGUUAGUCAUCAUUAGUCAUCGUUCAGGUGAUGAUAUCAGUGCGUUUUAGAGUCUGAAAUGAUGGAUGUAGUGAUAGGAAAUUUGGGAUGCAGAUGAAUUUUAACACCAGUAUUUUCGAGGCUAUAGUGGUCUGCGCAUGUUUUCUACGUUUCUCAAACCCCAAUGGAAGGACAUGCCAGCUUAAGCCUGGUCUAUUUGAGCAGAAAGGCUGAAAUCUGUUGUGCAAAUCACGACACAGCAGCCUGCAGGUGUGCUGAUGGAUUCAUGUUACCUUUGGAUAAUCAAGGGGCUUAUUCCGACCGUUUAGUACCCAGAUUGUGAGUCACUUAACAAACACUCUUGAAGAUCGUGUUUUAGGAUAAAAAGGUUAAAUGUUACACUCAUGUCGCCUUACCCCCCAUUGAGUUAUUUUGAAAUUGGACUUGGAUUAUUUGCAUAAGUAAUUAUCUGAAGCACCUGUGCAGAGGUUUUCUAAAUUCCAGCCUCUGCUCAGAGAAGAUGCCACAGCUCCUCAUACUCGAACCCAAACUUCACAGGAGCGCAAUUUCAUUUCCAAACAGUGAGAGGCUCGACAGCGGGUAAAAAUAGUCUGUGGGCGUCCGUGAAUAGCUGUAGGAUGGCUAAUUUAGCUGAUAAUGAUGCAGAGAAAGACAGCUGGGACCUUUUUGGGAGUUGUAAUAGAACUCUGUAAUUGACUGCUGCUCAGUAUCAUCAGCCGGGGCUUACAUCGGUGACUGACACAUUUUAUCAGCUCCUCAUUGUGUUAGCGGCUUUCCCAUUGUGCCACAGAUGGAAUCCACUGAGCAAUUCCAUUGUUUCCCGCUCCAGACUGAAAGAGUGUGUGCGGGCUGAAGGUGUAUUUUCUUGAUGUCAGGAUUCACCGAUUUAUCGGUGCACACACCUGCACUCUUAUUCACACCCAGACUUACACAUACAGCAGAUACUUUAUAGCAUUAUUCCUUCCACUGACUUCACAUUGACUGAGUAAUAUCAAUAAUAAAGGGAAAUGCCAGCUUUUGUUUACAUUUGUGCUAAUUAACUGAGCUAUGAUUGAGAUUAACAUAAUCCUGAACAGUCCCUGCGAAUGAUCCUUCUUCUGUAUAUAUGAAAUUAAAGGUUUACUCUCUUUCCUUCUGUAAGGGAGUAAAUGGAGCAUAUAUCUGUCAAAUUAAAGCACCUGUGAGGAAUUUUGUUUCGUGUCAAUUUUGCAUCAGGAUCACUUUCGCCAAACUGAUCAAUAACUUACAUGCAUUGGUUCCGUUUGGAGGUCUGGUUCUGUUCUGAGGACUCCCCGCCCUUCUGUUUUAUGUCCAUGUAUGAAAAGCCGAGACAGGGAGAGCAGCAGUCAUGGCGGUCAGUGCGUUUACAUCGCAGCUUAAUUGGACUAGGCUCAUAAUUCGUUGUUUUUUGGUGAAUCAGACUUCUUUCCUACAUGCAGCUGAGAAAAUCGAAUUAUUGACGUGAAGGUGUCCUCCUCCCCAAAACUAGGGGGCGAUAUAGGUCUCUUUGGCGGUGCUGUUACAACCGUCAACAACAAAAGCAAAUCCUGCUGGGCAUUUUCGAGCAAAAACAUGGAGCAUCGUACAGCGUUGUUUUUGUCGUACAUGAUGUACGCGCUACUUCUUCUUCUUCUUCUUCUCUGGUUAUUAUGUUCCCCGGGUUAUGGGGGCGUGGCGCACAUGCAUUGUCCAAUCAUACAGCGACUAUGUGGGUUACAUGGUAUGGAAAAUCGAAUUUCAAUCGCAUUAUCUGGGUGUCUUAAUCGGAGUUUUCUGACUGAGGUGUUUACAUGCACUUCCGUUGUCCGGUCUUAAUCAGAGUGAUGCGAUAAUGCGGUUUUCUCGAGUGUCGUAAACGUACUGACUGAGCUGUCAGCUGAUAUAGGCUGGAGUGACGAUCAGAAGCUGAACUACCACUGCGCUGACUUUUGCACCAACUGUUGUCCAUUUAAAGGUUAGCUGGUGCAGAGUCCUCAUUCUGGUUUCACUGCAGGACAUGAUGUGACUGUUUUUAACACUAAAAUUAAAGAGGAUGACCUGCUGAUGUUUCACAGCGAUUGCAUACAUCGAUGAGUAAACUGGAAAAAUUGCCCAAAAGGUCUUUAGUUUGCGUUCAAUCUGAGAUUAUUCUGUUUUAACCCAAACGCUUAAAAUCCUUUGAAGCCACAAAGACUUUAAAACCUUUUAUCCUCAUGUACAUAACACAACUUUGUGCUCUCUCUCUCUCUCGCUCUCUCUCUUUCUCUCUCUCUCUCUCUCUUCCCCACAUGUACACCUCCACACACACACACAAACACACACACACACUCAUCUGCUCUCACUCAUAAACUCCUUUAGAUUGCUCCAUUGAUCUGACGUGGAGAAUCCCCUGGUGUGCUCAUUUCAUUUACGACGGAUAAUUAAUUUCCGUUGAUAGAUUCGCAGCGGAACUCCCUUUUCUCUCGCUCCUCUGAUGUGGGCAGGUUUUCUGAUAACAGUGCAAUUUAUCUCAUUUGAGUGGGAUUUGACGAGUGAAUGGGAUUUGCUUUUUACCUCAAACUGAAGCUGAAGGCUCGUGACUGUAAAAAAAUAGAGACAGAUUCUGUGCGAAUGUCUCUACAGCCCGGCAGCUGUAGGUAAUUUUCUCAUGCGUUUACACUGGCUAAAGGAAAGGUGAUGCUCUGGGUUUUUUUUUAUACAUUCAUUCAUUUACUUAGUAGUUUUUUGUUGAAGUGAUUGCAAAACGAAAAGGUAAAAAGACUUUACAUGUACAAUAUUUAGGCUUAAAAAUUGGGGAUUCAAAUUCUUGCAAAGUGUAAAUCCUUUUCUAACUUUAGUCAAUUGAAUUCUCUACAAAGAAAAGAUAUUUAAUGUUCAAACUCCGUCCAUCCUUCUUCAGCCGCUUAUCCGCUAGUCGAGCAGCAGCCUCAAUAGGGAAUCCCAGACUUUCCUCUCUGUCCACCUCAUCUGACUCCUCUCAACCUGGAGGAGCAGCAGCUUUACUCUCACCCUCUCUCUAAGGGAGAGCCCACCCACCCUGCAGAGGAAACUCAUUUUAGCCACUUGUACUUGGAUCUUAUUCGUUCAGUUACUACCAACAGCUCAUGACCAUAGGUGAGGGUAGGAACGUAGAUCAAAUGGUUUGGACCUUUACAGCGUCCACAUCCCUGCUGAUGUUUUUGCAGAGAUUCACUUAAUGUGCAACACGGUCCUAAAAAGUUGGGUGAAGAGUUUUAUCAUCUGCAUAAUGAAUCAUAAUGAAGAUUUUCACACAUUAAAUCUAAAAGAGGUGCAGUAAUGUCAUGUAUGGUACACAAAACGAAGGAAAAGGACCCAGAAAUGCAGAACUAUCAUUAUUAUUAUUAUUAUUAUCAUUAUGAUUAUUAUUAUUGGUUGCCAUAGACAAAAGUGUUGUAGUGAAGGGGCAGUCGUAUAUAAGACUUGUCUUCUGUCUGCUCCUUUUAAUUUCACAUGAUUACACAUGAAAUAAAUAAACAUAAAAUGAAAUUAAAUUAUAACCUUUAUUUGACCAGGUUUGUCCCAUCGAGAUCCAACAUCUCUUUCGCAAGAAUGGCAGCACAUACAGUUUCAAUACAUAAUCACAUUAAUCAUAUAGAAUACUAGGAAUACAGAUAAUUGAAUUUUCAAGAUUAGUCAAACAUUUGCACUCCUGAAGUCUGGAUAUGAUGGAAUUUAUCAUGGAUUGGAAAACAUUCAGAGAUCCCAGACUUUGGAGUUUCAGGUCUGAUUGCAAGACGUUGAAGAAAAUCUAAAAGCUUUCUUCCCCAUUUACUGUUCUGACCUUAGGAACAGUACAAUGAUAAAAGUCCUAAGUCCUAACUAAGGAUUUAUUCCAGCUCAACUUAAAUUUAGUCUCAAAAUCCAAAAAGACACAAGAAACAAAAUCCAAAGAACCAAAAGCGCACUGGAAAAAAAACCACAAGGAGACAACUGGGAACACGAGCAUACGCUGACAUCGACAUACACACACAACGAACCAACCGGGACAGAGGUGAAGACAGGGACUAUAUAUACACACUGGGAAACGAGCAACAGGUGAGGCAGGCGAGACACAGGUGAAACUCGUUAGUGAUUAACGAAGGCGGGAAAACUAGGGAACUAUAAACACAGGGAAUCAACUACUACAAAAUAAAACAGGAAAUAAACACUGAAAACUGAUGUAAAGAAUAAAACACAGAGAACAGGAGGGAAACAGGGUCAAAGAUAAACUGAAAACUCACAAGAAACACAAAAUACACUCAAAUAAAACCAGUAGAAACUAAAUAAACAGAACUUUCCUGACAGUCAGGCUAAUUUAUUGGACUGUCAGGAAAAAUGAGUUUCGCAGUCGAGAAACUUAUAACUGAAGUGUCAUUGGGACUGUUAUCGAGGUUUGGUCCUGAUACAUAAGAGAUGACAGGAACGUCAUUAUCACUGACUCAGCACUAAAAAAGUUCAUUUCUGUAUCAAAAGUUCACUUUGAAAACACCGUUUCUGUCAAAACACACUUCCCUGAAGUUAAAGAGUGAGUCAAAAAAAAAAACAUCAUUCUGACAGCAAAGGACACACAAUAAUUGACUCGCUGUCCUUCAGACUAAUUUGUAAUUUCACCCAAUCGUGUGCUGUCAGUCACUCUGCAGAAACAGACGUCAAAUAUCCUGAAUGAUGGACACCUUACCGUAACUUUCUAUAUACACUGAUGUAAAGCAGGAACAAGGACACCCAAUGGCACAGACAGAGGGAAACUAUACAGCAAACGUACGAACACUUUAAAAUAUCAAGAGAGUCGAUUAAGGACCGUUUACUACACUGUUUCCCCUUUACUGAAUCAUCACUUUGCAAACACAGCUGUGUCUGAUUUUCCCAGAGUAAUGUGAUAUGUAUGUCAGUAGUGUGUGUAAAGAGAGAGUCAUGCUACCAAAUAUCAAUUAUUAUAUGCAAAUAUUAUAAAGUCCUGCAUGUAUUUUCAUGCAUUUACAGAUUAUCCCUCCCUACUUAUCGUGAGCUCCUGUCGUUGACACUGCUGCCAUGGCUCCUAUGUGCUUCUUCCAUAGGCCUUUCUGGGAGGCCCGUGGGGAUUUAACUCAAAUUAAUUGCCAGUGUCUUUCAUUGUGUUGCCGUAAUGAGAGACCAGAAUGCUUAUCAGCGAAGCUCGAGGGCAGGUUAAUCUGCGCGUGAGGUCUGGAAUUGCUUCUCAGGUGAUAAACUCGAUUUAAUUCGCCCGUGUGACGAGAAGAAGCGGAAUUUUGAGUUGGAUGAAUUCAAGUUGGGGCGGCACAGUGGGGUAGUGGUUAGCACUUUCGCCUCACAGCAAGAAGGUCCUGGGUUUGAAUCAGGGUCAGGGCGUUUUUGUGUGGAGUUUGCAUGUUCUCCCUGUGUCUGCGUGGGUUUCCUCCGGGUACCCUGGAUUCCUCCGGGUACUCCGGUUUCCUCCGGGUACUCCGCUUUCCUCCCACAUUCCAAAAACAUGCCUGAGUGGGGUUAGGUUAAUUGGCCACUUUCAAAUUGCCCGUAGGUGUGAAUGUGAGCGUGGAUGUGUAUGUCUCUUGCGACUUGUCCAGGGUGUCCUCUGCCUUCGCCUGAAGAUGCUGGGAUAGGCUCCAGCCCCCCUGCGACCCCAGGAAUGGGACUAAGCGGUACAAAAUGGAUGGAUGGAUGAAUUCAAGUUGAUGACAUUUGCCCGUCUUCUCUCUGCAGGUUUGUUUGCUGGAGUGCGAGGGACACGUCGCCUCUUCGUUCACGUGGAAGUUGUGCAGUCAAGCCGUGAAGCUCUCGCGCCAUCCCACGAAUUCUGAGGGGGACGCCGUUUUCAAGAGAACAGGAGGGGAACUGGAGCUGACCUCUGUUGACCUGAACUCAGACAGCGAGCUGCUGCAGUCUGCAGUCGCAGAGCGCUUCCAGGAGGGGGCUCAGGAUGAGGAGACACCCUUCGAGCAGCGCAGUGUCCAGUAUGACUCAUCACUGCUGGAGUCCUCCGAGGAGGGGGAGGGCUUGCAGGGUUUGGAUCUCACACUGGCCGACGAAGAGAGGAAGCCAAGGGAGGAGAGGCACGCGGGGGGUGACAGCCUCCCAGAAGUGAGCGAGGAUGCCGACCCGGAGGCCGUCACCUUAUCCAAACGCUUUGGUGGCUUUCAGAGGGGCCGCCAUGGAUACAGGAAGCUUAUUGGCUCACCCAUGAGGCCCCUACAAAAGCGCUACGGCGGCUUCAUAGGUGUCCGGAAAUCUGCCCGCAAAUGGAACAAUCAGAAACGGGUGAACCAGCUGCUCAGGCAGUACCUGGGCAUGAGGAGCAGCCGCAGCGGCAGAUUCAACAACCUCCCUGUAACUCGGGUUUGGAGGCAAAACAAACUGUGAUGUGUUCAGAUCUCACCCAUGAUUCUGCCCCCGUUACCUCAACCAGUCAUGUUUUCAACACCUCACUCCAGUUUUCAGUCACCCUUUUUCAUGAGAAGAACAGACUCUGCCAUCUUAUCUCACCUCUCUUUGUGUCUCUAGGUAACAAGGAAUGUUUUUGACCGUAAUGUCCGUAUCGAGCAUAUUUACAUGACAGUCUGUGAAAUAAAAAGAUUUAGAGAAUUGCAAAUGAAUAUUUUCUGUGUUGGUAUAAUAAAAAGGGGCAAAAUGAGAUUGGUAAACUGCUUCAUUGCACGUUUUUCCUGCAGAGGUGACACUCGAGAGCUUGACUUAAUGCAUGUGUGGUGGAUGGGCCUGGAGACGUGGCUUCAGCGGGUUUCAGUGAAUCCUCGGUUUUGUCUUUUUGCACAAGGACCCGCUUUUAAACGAUAAUUAAGUGUAAGUGCACUCAGUGUUUGCUUUGAGUAGGAUGUAAAUAUAGUGAAUAAGUUUGAGGACGAAAGCCAAAACCUAAAUUACUGAAACUUGAAUUCUACCUAAGAGAGUUCCUGGACUUUACAUUUUAAGUAUUUUUAAAGAUAAUAGUCCUUACCUUUUUAUAGAAUAUGAGCGCUUUUAGGUCCAUUUAUUUUCUUUUUUUCAGCUGAAAUCUCCCUCUAUGACUGAGCAGGAGUAGGCUGCUUCUCUUGGCCCCUUGCAGUGGAAGUAUACUGCCCUCUAGUGUUUAAGACGGGCACAUGACAUCCUUGAAUGCUUGGUAUCACUUUUGCCAUGUUAAGUUACUAUUGUCCCACUUUAAUGCGGUCAAAGUACAUUUCAGAAAAAAUGAUCAAACUUAGAAUAGAUGGGCUGAAUUCAUAUUUUAUAAGAAUAUUUAAAAAGUAAAAAAAAAAGUGAUAUUUAAAUACUCGACUCCACAGGUUAGGGAGGAGUUUACGCACCUUAGAGAAGUGUCAUUGAACUGAAAAAGAGUCAAGUUAAAGGAGGUCCAAUCAGCACCGGUCCCAAACAGGUCCAUUUUAUAUAUAAAUAUAAAUAUAUACGAGUUUAGAGCAGAGGUAUUUAAACUGUGAAUGUCAUCUGUGGUCAGUAUAACACAGACGGAGAUGUUUCUGUUUUAAAUACAUUUGUGAUCUGUUCAUGGAGGAGAGUUAGUAACACACUUUAUAUUAGAGUCUCUGUAACAAGCAUUAAUUAACAGUUAUAACAAGGUAAUAAACGUUAAUAUGUGCUUAUAUGUGUAAACAAAGCAUAAUUGAUACAUUUAUUAUUGCUUAUAAGACACUUAGAGGCUCUUAUUACAAACUUGUUAUGAAUCUGUCAUAUAGUAUUCUUAUAUGAAGGUGAAGAACUUUAUUUAUAAUGAUUAUUGAUAACAUCAAUUACAUAUUACGUAAUUAAUAUGUAAUUGUUAUUUCAUGUUAUUAGACCAUCUGAAAGGUUCAGAUUAAUGUAGCUGCUGGUCUUAAUAAGACACUAUUCCCACUUCAGGAUCAAACGCUGCAAAUUAACACUGUUACCUGUUAAUAAAUGUGUAAUAAAGGAUUAUUUUUAGCCUCCAAAAGCAUUAAUCUGAUUCUUUUAUAGUCUUAUUCAUGUAAAAUAACAUUAAAAUUAAUUUUGAUACGGUUUUAUUAAAGUUAAAAAGCAUCUUAAUGAAAUAUAAAAGCUGUCCAUGAACUUUUAUUGGCGUUAUAUUCACUAUAAAUGUGUCACAGUAAUAAUAAAUAUGUUAUCAUCUUUAAAUAGGUCUUAUGAGUAUCCUGUUUAUGUUUAUGAAAGGUAUGCAACAUGUGAAUUUUCUUAUAAGAGCCUGAAAUGGUCGUAUAAGCAAUAAUAAAUGUCUUUUAUUAACACAUAUUAAUGUUUAAACACCUCUUAUGAGUGUUUUAUUAACUAUUAUCUAAUGCCAGGGUCUUAUAUAAAGUGUGUUUCAGUAAAAUCUCUGCAUCUCUUCCUUCAGAUCCGUUUUAAAUGUUUCCUGUUUGGUUUGACGGUGUAAAAAUGUCUGAUUAGACGUUUGAGGGGGUGAGUGCAGAGAGCGAGUGUGCACGUGCAUGAGUGUGUGCUUCAAAAAUGGACUUCUGUGAAUACGUGUACAUUUCAGAUCUCAUUAUUAUUCUGCUGUUGUCUUCAUAAAAGUGUGUAUAGAGAAAAAAGUACAAUAAAAUAGUUUGCUAUUUC